UGUUAGAAAGAGUUUUAAAAUGCUUAGAUGUGGAGGUUCGGAUAUCGCGAAGAAGAUUGUUAUAUUGUUUGCAGUGACUAAAACUGCUUGGUGCGGAGAGCUUCUACAUAUCCCGUCUCUCUUCAACAGCGCCUCGGCCAUACAGCAGUGUUUAAAUGCAGGGUUCCAUCAUCUCGCUGUUAUCGACUCGCAGUCCGAAUAUGACAGAAUGAUAGCGUACUUCGAAGGAAUACAUGGACCGUCCCCCAAUAUACCUGACUUCUGGAUAGGGUGUUUUUGGUUUGAAUUCGAAAACGGAUAUCAAGCAUACUGGAAAACAGAUGAUCAAGAGUAUCCCCUUACGUGGGUGCAAUGGAAUUCUGGUGAACCAGACGGGAUUGGCCAACAAACAUGCACUCGCCUCACCCAGUUUAAAUUCCGGACCAUAUAUUGUGACUAUGAGUACGGAAUAUUAUGCGAAAAGCAUGACACCUGUCCAAACUUGGCGAAUGGAUCUUUGUUCACUGUCAGUUUGUCGAAUGGACAGGAAUUGGGUUCUAUUGCUGAGUACACCUGUCUACCGGGAUACCAUACUAAUGGCGAAUUGACGAGAUCUUGUCAGAUGAAUGGAAGUGUCUUGAGCUGGUCUGGAAAGGAAGUCGAAUGCACAUUAGGUGUAGAUGAACCCAUUAGCACUGCGGCUGUCCCUGGAGCUAGCAGAGCCCGCCCACUCUUCCUGAUGCCGUGUCUGUGUUACCCGAACAAGACGUUUGCCGGUAUGACAGAAGAAGCAAUCAUCGCUCUGCUUGUAAGGGAUACAGCCAUCCGAACAAAUGAAACGACUGCCGCUAUUUUCAAGAAGAAAUGUCGCGAAGACUCGAGGUUUUCUUCAAAGGUCAUCGGUCUUGUGAGCUCGUCUGUGAUUAUCAGCAUGUUGCUGUUGGUCGUGCUGUCGGACUGUUGCAAACUCAGACAGGAUUGGUUACGCAUUCACGGCUGACAGUUCAAAUUUAAUUUAUAUCCCUCCACUGGAACUUUUUAUAUUAAUUUGACAAUACCUUUAGGGCGUGUAAUGGCGCACUACAAACCCCGUUCAAACAUGCAUUGAUAAAGUGUUCUAAUAUAAAUAAAGAUGGAAAUUUUAAACGUGUCGAUGCAGAAAAAUAAAGUUUAUUUCAAACAUAA